GCAAGUCGCUUAUCAAAUUAUUCUUUAUUUAAAAAAAUCAGUCCCCUCAAGGCUGUACUAACGAAGGAAUUGUGUGAGAUCUUAUUUUAAACAUCUAACACGGGUAGACACGAUUUAGCAGACAGUACCGACUAAUAUAGGGCCUGAAUCAGACAAUGACGCAAUUUUUGGAAAUAAAAACAGGAAGUAACGCGAUGUUUUAACACUGUAGUUAUAUGUCAAAACACUACGAAGUGUCAUGGUAUGUCAGCAUCAACGUAAGAGGAUUAAACCUUAAACUUUUCAUUUAGGAAGUUAGACUGACGAUGAGGGUAAAAAACAAAAGGAAAUGCAUGGAACCGUAUCAAAAAGAAAUGCAGAUCUGUAAAGUAAAUGGCACAAGAAGAGCAUCUACAAUCAAAGCUAAUAAACAUUUUAAGGAUAGAAGGAGUUCAUCUCUGGAGUCCACCUUACACAAGCAAUAACAAUGAAGCAGGACCAGCUGUAAAGGACCGAAAGAAAACAUUAAGCACUGAAAUGAACAUCACUGGCAAACAAUUAAUAUCUAAGAUAGCAGAAUUAUGUAACACUAAAGAAUCUUGCAUCAAGCUAACAGUGAAUGGAAGACUUGUCAACUUGGAAAAGACCCUUGAUGAGCAAAACAUAAAGCACAAUGCAAAAGUUUAUGUAAUCAAGCUGAUGUUGUCUGAGGAAGAAGCCAAAAAAGAGGCAGAGAAGACUUGUAGAGAACAAGUUGAAGGAAAGAAGAAUGUGCAAAAAAAAGACAGAAUUAAAAAAGGACUUGAAAUAUUAUCAUUGAGAGAAGAAUAUGUUGAUCCAGAUAUAAUUCCUUGUUUGGAGAUAGCUGACCAAACUGGAAAACCAAUUAAAAUUCCACCAGAUCAGAAAAAGGCUCUUGUUCUAGCCAUGGGGCUUCAUGAAAAAGGCAGAUCAUUAUUAAAAAGAAAGCAGUAUGACAUGGCAUUGCUUUUAUUGGUAGAGGCUGAUGAACACUUUUGUAAGUGUGGAGAAGACCUUCUUAAUACAGUUGACAACUAUGCAGUUCUUCAGCUAGAUAUUGUGUGGUGUUACGUGCAACAAGAGCAGCUGUCUGCACUUGAAGAUGCAGAGAAAAAAUUGAAAAGGUGCAAGGAGUGCUUUGAAAAAUGCUAUGGAACAGGACAAGAACGACUUUUCAACAUUAAAGGUAGUUCUGGAUCAGAAAAGGUUUUGUUCUUGAGACUUCAUCUUCUGUAUGGUAUACUGCAUUAUCUCAAAGGUGAUGGAAACCGUUCUUACACUGAUAUCAAAAAGGCUGAAGAGUUGUACAGAGAACUCUAUGUAGAUAAUUCCAGUGUUACCAUUCUGACAGAACUUGGCUACACUGAACAAGAAGCUCGUCUAGCACUGAGAGCAUGUGAUGGCGAUGUUAAUAAUGCAGCAGAGCACAUUCAAAGGAGGAGAGAAGAGAAAGCAGCAAUAAAGCAUGAGGAAAGGGAAAAAAGGAGGCAUAGGAAUGAUGCAAUUAAUACAUUGGCAGGGAUGGGUUUUUCAAAACAUGCUGCAGCAGUAGCACUUUCACGAGCAAAUGGGGAUCUGGAUAAAGCUUUUCAGGUACUUCUUGAUAAUCCAGAUCUUUUGGCACUAGCGGAUCCUGAGACCAGUACAGUUUCAGUAUCUCCAGAAUCGAUUGAAAAGCUGGUAUACCUUGGCUUUGACUGCAGCACAGCAGAGUCUGCUCUAAGGCAGUUUAGAGGCAACAUCCAUUUAGCUACCCAGUACCUCGCUCGCUAUAGAGGAAACCUUCCAUCUGGACUGUUUUCACCAUCCAUGGACCAUACUGCUUCUAUGGAACCUGCCUCAUCAGAGAAUUCACAUGACAGUGCAGCAGCAGCUGAAAGUUCCUCCCAUGCUUCAGAGGAAAGUGAUCUAAUGGACACAGAGCUUGUAGAAGAAAUAAUAGCAGAUAUCCCAGAACAUGAAGAGGACUAUCUUGAUCUCACUCUAGAGGAGGAGGCAGAGCUAAUUGCCAAGUACAAGUCAUACAUCGAGAACUCUCAAACUGCUGGCACCUAAAUGGAAGUCAGCUUUUAACUGACACUGAAGCUGCAUUUUCUUUGCAUUUUUAAAACCUUUUAUUACAUUAGUGCUUAUACGUAAUAGCAAUAAAGGAAGCAUGAGAGCUAGUCUGAGUUUUGUACAGGAGUAGAGUUUAACAACAGUAUAAGAUAGCUUUAAAUUUUCCACUGUUUUGAACCCAAUUUCCUUGAGAAGACUGUUGUAUUUUUCUGUCAGUCAGUGUACAAAAUACUUUGUAAAUGUUCAGGUCUUCUUUGGAGAGGGUUACUUUAACAGUAAAUCAUAACAUCUGAGGUCACCCAGUUCAUAGGUGUCAUUUUUCUGGCCAGGUUUGUGAAAGUGGUGUCAACAAGAUAUUCAAUGCUUAUAUCUUAUUUUCUAGAUUGUGUGAGGCUGUAUGCGAGUCUCUCUCUCUCUCUCUAUAUAUAUAUAUAUAUAUAUAUAUAUAUAUAUAUAUAUAUGUAUGUAUAUAUAUAUAUGUAUGUAUAUAUAUAUAUAUGUAUGUAUAUAUAUAUAUAUAUAUAUAUAUAUAUAUGUAGAGACAUGCCAAGUUAAUCCAUAUUCCCUUCCCAUCCAUUCUUGUCACUAUUCACUCACAUUACAUCACCUCACUUCAAAUAAAUAAAUAUGUUGUGUCACAUUCAUUAUAAUUAUAUAAUUAAUUUUGUCUGCACAGUUGCUUUGUUAUCUGUGUUUUAGCAGUUUCUGUGAUAUUUUCUUCAUUAUCAUUUACUGUUCCUUAAAAACAAGCCAAAGGAUAAUACAUGGUAGAGCCAAAAUGACAAAGAAUGCAAAAAAACAUUCACAAAAGGGGGCUGACUCCGUAAAGAGAGCUGUAUUUCUUCAGCCACCUACUAGUAAUGGCAAAGUUGGCACUAUUUUAUCCUACACAACACAAGAAAAUGCAGUCAGUUUCUAGGGUGUAUUGAAGCCAGUCAGUGUUGGUGCCUCUGAAAUGUGAUGUGAAGCAGGCACCUUCAUUGUAAUGUCUGUACAAGAGUAUGAAGUAAAGGUAUGUGACCCACAAAUUUCCCUGACAGAGGAGCUUACAGCUUAUUUUAUUGAGGCCCAAAAUUUGCACACAAAAAUACUAUUGUGCAAAGGAUUAAUGGAGAAAAUUUCUUUAGUCUUCACAGUGAAAGAAGUGAGAGAGUUUUUGACUUUCUCUGUGGUCCAUUGUUAUGUCUGAGCUCAGGUUUUAUCAAAGUGGACCUUGGUUUGUUCCAACAACAAUCAAGGAAAAGGAGAAGACCAGGAGUCCAUCUCCCGCUUCUUCUUCUUUGGAAGAGGAAUUUUCAUUUUCUAUGCAUCAUUUCUGUUCCCUGUUUAUUAAAUUGCAUUACAUGGACUACUUUGCCCAGCUUCAGUUCCUGAGUUCACCUUUUCAGGAUUUUGACUGUAGUGAUAAAUAGCAUUACCCCGAGCUUUCAUCCCCUAAAAGAAGAUAAAUUACAAAUGCUUAAAGUUCUGACACAUCUGUAGGGAGCAUUCCUGCAGUGCUUAAGUACUUCCUGGAUUUAUGGAGGCAAAACAAUAUUCACUCAGAUAUUCAUCCUCCAACAUACAGGUCUGCAAAUAUGAUAAAGUUAACUCAAUUGUUUACUUUAAUUUGAAGUCUGAAUCGUAGCAUGGCUACGCUUUCCUCCUCUAUUUUAAAGUGCACAGGAACAUUUUCUUUAAAUGAGAAUGGCAGAUCGUUGGAGAGGUUCAGAAAAUAGUAGUAUGUAAUUUGUUAACACUAGAAAUUAGGGACAGUAUCUAUUCCGCAUAUAUGGUUUAUUAUCAGGUUUGAGUAUUGUGACAUAUUUGGUUUACUUUGUAAAAUGUAUCUGACUAAAGAGAAAGAUGAAGUGUUUCAACUUUCUGUGACUAUUGAAACUGUAUGACUGUAAACUUUAAAUACUAUUAUGAUCCAGUAAAGUACAGCAGCAGUGAUAGAAAUCAUCAUUUGAAGACAUUCUAAGUUGAGGUCAGAAAACCUACUCAGGGAUACAAACGUUCUAGUCUUAAAUGCCUUUGUCACAAACACUCUUUUUUGGCAGCUUUGGCUAUCACUGACUUUAUAAAGUUAUUAUAUGAGAAGCAGUUCCAUCUUUUCACAGAAACUACACAGUUUAAAAAAAUGCCUAUUUUGAAAGUCGAGACCUGUCCAACAACCUUGCUCAGUUUGCCAGCUUAAAUCUGUCAAAAAGGCUUUAUUCUUUCAACUAAGCCCUGUAUUUUUUUAUAAUAGCUCAAGGUUUGUUCAGACAACUACUACUUUUUCUCUGGAUCCCUUCUGAUACCAUACAUGCUGACCACCAAGUAGUCUCUUGUUGGACUUUGCCCAUUUGUUCCUUCUUGUAGGGGUCAUCCAAGAGCCAUGAAGAUAAGAGCUGUCUUGGGGGGACCAUGAUUUAGGCAGCCAAGAGGCCUGUUUUUAUCCUUACCAUAUCCCAGCUAUGAGUGCUUAAGUAUAUUCUAAACACUCCCCUAGACAUAGGGAUGACUGAUUUACAUCACAGUGUAGGCCAUUACAGCUUCCUCGACACACCUGCACACACUUGCCCAGUGAAGGUUACCACCAUAUAGCUGCUUGGUGCACUAAAUGCCCACCCCAGACUACUAUUCUAGUCCUUCCUUUGAAGGCUUGCAACUCUGUUGCUGCCUGUGCUCCCUCACCCCUGCCAGAUCCUUCAUGCAACUAAGCUGCUAGUCAAACUAUGGUCACCUGGGUGGUAAUCAGGAUUUCAUCCCUCUAUACAUCAAAACUGGCAGAUACCUUUGGAUAUAUACACUUGGAUAAAUUUAAGAAGUUAUGUUUUGCAUGCCAGUUUGCCUUUUUUGUAUAUACAUUUAUAUACUAAAGACAAAAUAUAGUACUUAGUAAUUUAUACAAAGAACAUUUGCAUAUGUAAUUUUAUAUGCUCAAGAUUUAAUAGUCUUUUUUUUACUGCCUUCAGACAGAAAAAAAGAGCACAGAUGCUUUACAUGUUACGUCUUCAAACUUUUUAUGUACACAGACCUUUUAUUACUGCAGGCACCUGCACUGAUGCUGCAUAAGUGCCUAUGGAGUUCUCUCUGGAUUGUUUUAUAGUUAAUGUCUGUAAGAUUUGAAAUGAUUAGCCUUCUUAAGGAAAUAUUUUUAUAUAUUGCACUAAUCAGUGCCUUGGCAUUAUUUGCAUUCUUGAUUUGGCUAACAAUUUCCUCUGUAUGGUGGAAAUAUCUUAACAGGCAUUACUGUAGCUUAUACCACAAGACAGCUUAGUAGAUUGUGCUCCUUAUACAUUUACAAGUAGUUUUCUUGAUCUAUAUUUGUACAGCUACUAAUAAUAAUUCUGUGAAACACUUUGAAAUAUGUACUUACUGCCCAGAGAACAGAAAUUGUGAUGCUACCCGAGUGUUAUGAUUUGCUAUUACAGUAACCUUCCCCAAGAAGAUAAUAUGGCUGGGUGUACUUAUACUUACCCAUAAUGAUAGAUCUUCAAGAAGGCACGAUAGAAGUAAAGCUUCAUCCAACAAGCCCCUUGUAUCUAAGAGGAUUUGCUACUCCUUUCAUUAAAGGCACUAUUUGAGACCCACUGCUAAACAGUUUACUGGGCGCAUAACUCUGUUUGCAGUAGACUGUAAAGUUUGAUGAUUUUUGGAAAUUCAUCCAUAAAUUAGGAUGGUUAGCUGACUGGCCUGUUUCCCAUAUUUUGUUUACUGACAUGUCAUAGUGGUUACUAGAAGGGCAAAGCAUUUUGAACUAAUAUCCUUAAUGACUGUCAUCAUCAAUGAGAUUUUCUUUAUAUAUUCUGUUGUACGUGGUUCCCAUAUUAUUCUGUUAUAAAGUAUUUUACAAUCAAGAGUUUGUUUUAUAGUUGCACGAAAGGUCUUUCGCUAUACAGUCACUGUUUUGCAGAAUUAAACUUCUGUCUCCCUUUUUAAUAGUAAUAUUUUAUUUUCAUAAUGAGAUUUUAGGCAUUCAUUUUUGUGGCAAAGUAAAUACUGUUCUGCUAUAAUUACUAUUUUCCUAUGUAAUAUACACAGGGUUUUGACCCUGCAAUAUAAAUUUGCUACUGUCUUGCUUUCUAAUAAGCUACUUUAUUUUUGAAUAUGGAUAAAGAAGUUUUUAAAGCUAAAGAAUACCGCCAUGCACAUACAGUUUUACAUUAAAAAGUAGUUUUUAUAUUGUCAUUAUUGGGAAGGGAGUGAUGUUGCUUAACUUGUGGUUUUAGACACACUUUACAUAUUCACAUUGUUCUGUGAAGUGUGCAUAGUUGUUAACAGCUUCCCUCAAGCAAUCAUUCCUGUAUGGAAUUCCAUGCAGGGAAGAUGCCACUUUUGUCAACAUUCUGACUGGAAAAAGACAUACCUACAAUGGGUAAACUCACAAGUCAUGGUUUAUUGUUAUAGCAAUCUUCUGAUCUGCCAUUAUGUUGAUGCACAACUGUAUUUUCAUUGUAAAGGAUUUUUCUACAUGAAAAUAAUAGAAUCAGUACAUUGAACAGUAUUUUAUAUCUCAUCUUGUGUUGUAUUCAAGUUUCCAAAAGCUAUUGUGGCAAAUUGUUUCACUAACCUGUUCUAAUCAUGAGGCAGUAAUAUAUACCUAUCUAGAUUUUUACUCUGUUUGUUGGAAACCUUUUAGAGGGGGGAAUGAAGUUUCCUUUAGAAGGAGAAAUUAAUUCUGUGCUUGUAGAUCUAAAUGGUAGUACAAUAGAAAGUAUUUGCUAAACCAUUGCUUAUGCUAGUUCAUAUGGACGGCUGUGCUGGGGUAUCACAAAGCUGUUCCACUCUGUUGUGUUGUCACCAGCUGAGGUAAAAAGAGAGUGAUAUGAGUGUUAUUUUGUGAAGGUUCCCCUAAGAUCUGUCCACCUACCUGGCCCUCAAAACAGCUACAUAGUAAACCAUAUAAAACUUAACGUGUCUGACCAGGUUACAGUGUAGUUUGUAUAAUGAAUCAAACCUUAGAAACAUAGGAGAACAGUCCACACUGUUCAACUAUGACCUACACUAAUAUAUAGUUGUUUACCAGACAAGGCCAGGCUGGAAAUGAGUGUGAAAUAUGACACACGUUGAUGAAUAGUGUUAUCCAGCUGUCCUGACUCCACCUUUGCUUGCAUUUUUACACUGAGAAACUUUUUUCUCUCUCAGCAGAUUUCAUUUUUGUAAUUGUGCCUUUGAGCCAUCAACCCGCUACAGUGGUUCUUGAGCUCACCUAUGACAAAUUUGAAUGGAGAGGGCCAUCAUCCAGCAGCCCUGAUGUGAAUUUAUUACUAGUACUUUCUGCUUCAGUGUCAUUAAUCUGCAGCUGUGUCAGGGCUUUCUUCAUGCCAGCAUCCUGAGGGCUUGGUCUCACUGCCCAGAAUGAGACCACCCACAUUUAACAGUUGUCCUUAGGUCAGUUAGCUGUCCUAUGUCUGGAGUCUUUGGACUCCCACAAUGCUGGCUCAAGCUCUGGGAAUGUUCCUGUACAUGAAGACAUAUGUUGCUUGGUGAGCUCUGCAGUCUUAAACUUCCUAGUACAUGUAGUUACAUCUAUUCAUUUGAAAAAGCAGACACUGGUAAAAGUAGGUAAUCACAUAUGAAACUGACAUGAGAGUAAUAACAGACCUAGGACAUAACUGUGCUUUUUACAGAUCACAAUUACUGACCAUGUAAGUUUAAUGGUUAGAAAAAUGAGCAUUUCUAAAGACUGGUUUCUAGAUUUUAUAUACAAUAUAUUUCAAAAACUAACAUUGUUUGUAAGAUAAAAAAAUCAUUUCUUCAAAUCUAUUUUGAGUGGUAAAAAAAUUUCAAGCAUUCAAUAACUUUCCUUCCUUUGUUUAUAUUGUUUAUAUUAAUGGUUUCGUUAAUGUUAUUGUAUUCAAAAGUAAUAAAUUAAUCUGUUGCAUGAAUAAA